GCAGUCUUCCAGCUGUCGAGGCAACUUCCCAUUCAAAGGGAACAAUUUUCUGACGCCCUGCGCAACCAUUCUUGUUGCAGCUUAUACACACACCGUCACUGCAUAUAUCGAGUUUUGCCCUUGGCGCGUAGAUCAAGCAGCGCAGCAGCUACUACUAGGUCGCCUGGACUGGUGUGCCAACGAGUAGGCUACAAACGCCACAUCCGCUCGUUACUGCAUUCUCGCUGCAAACACAAUACCUGACUCAUUAGCGAGGAAUCAAAGCGAGCUUCAGCGACCAGCUCAAACACUGCGGUCCUAUCACCUGCCGCUUACCUCUCCACGACCUGAAAAAUUUGUACAGUUGAUGGAAAAGGUGCUUUGGACAACGCACGAGCCGCGCCAGGCAGGGGAAGAAGCGUGAAGUUGAUGGUCAUUUCUAACGGGGCACAGGCGGGGGCCUCUGGUAUUCAGAAUGGAGCGGCAAACAGCGGCGGAUCCGAUGGCGGAGGAGCCAGUACAUCGGGACGUAGCAGCCCAGCAAAUACAUCUCCAGCGCAGCGGACGCGGACGGUCGACAUACAAGGCGGCAAGCUCUUGCUACUGGUGGUAUUCGUAGGACUCUCGCUCCUAAGCUACAAAUAUGUGCACAGCGGGGAGCUAUCACACUUCGUGAUGAAGAUUAAGGAGAACCCCCUCGGCUCGCUACAUGUAUUCCUAUUGUUCCACACCUUUGCGGUGGUGCUGCUGUUUCCAGUCAUGCUGCUGCAGGCCAUCACGGGUGCGCUGUACGGGUUGUAUGCGGGCCUGGUGGUGUCGUGGCUGGCCAGUGCGGUGGGGCAGGCGCUGGCCUUCCUGCUGGGGCGCUACCUGUUCCGGGCCUCGGUGAAGUCCUACCUGCUGCAGCGAGUGCCCAACUUCCCGCAGAUCGAGGCGGCCAUCAAGAAGGAGGGCUGGAAGCUGAUGUGCCUGCUGCGGCUGUCGCCCAUCCUGCCCUACAACAUCCUCAACUACGCCGCCGCGCUCACGCCCAUCUCGUUCCUGGCCUACACGCUGUCCUCCGCCGUGGCCAUCAUACCCUGGACCUGCCUCUACGUCUACCUGGGCACGCUGUCCACGCACGUGCUGGCGGAGCUGGCCCGCGGCAAGCUGGUGACGCAGUACCCCUACCAGCGGGUGGGCGGUGCGGGCGCAGAGGCUGGAGGAAAGGCGGGUAUGACGUAUCAGAUGAUGAUUAGCUCGGCGCUCUACAUGACGCUGCUGGUGGUGACCAUAGUGUACGGCUACGUGCUCAGUAAACGAGCCAUCACGUCCGUCCUCAAGUCGGUGGCGGACACGGGGGCGGGGACAGGGCCGGAGCCGGCAGCGGGCGGCGGGUCCGGGGUCACGGACGUUGAAAUGGCCACGGCGGGCAAGGGGUGAGCUCCCGCAUGACGGCGCCUGAUCGCGCAUGUGUGUGACAGGGUGGGGACUGCGGGGAUUAGGAAAGAUGGCGUAUGGUUGUCAUUACCGUUGCGCUGCGCUGAUGACGAGUGAUGUGACCUUUUACGAUAUGUGUUCGUCCCGAGGAGAGUAGAUUGGUGAUUGCCGUAAGGCGGUAACCUGAAGCACUCAGGCAUGCUCCGGGCAACGCUGCAGACAGUUAGGUAGGGUUUGAUGCAUGGCAAUCGUAGACAAGGACAACAUCAGUUCGAGGUUCGAUGACUUUCAUGCAAACGCGAGUAGGUUAUCUACUACAGGGGGAAACCCGCUACAUGCACGCGCGUACUAGAUUGGGCGGAUGGGGGGUGCUGGUGUGCUGGUGUGUGCGACGCGGACUUGUAGGUAGCUAAUACCGG